AUGACACAAACGACAUUUUGUGGCGAAGAAAUAUCAUCACGGAGAGGCUUCUUGGCUUCUGUUUGGUUUUUGGCCAAUGUUGUGACGGCGAUAUCCUUUGUAAUAGCCUUUUCCUACGUCAUGUCAUCCUACCGAAACAACAAGGAUGCCUACUCGGAUUAUCAAGAUUACAAUCAAGACGGGAAUCGAGAAGGGGAAGAGGAGGAAUUCAAUCCUACCAUUGUGGUAACCUCUCGAGCAUUAGCGUUUUGUGCUACUUGGACGGCGGUAUUUUCUGCCUUGUUGUCGCUCUUUGGGACUGUAUUGUUGGGUUGGCAAUCUCCAAUGUCGGGACAAUACUAUACAUGCUGUUCGAGCAGCGUACAUAGAACGACACCUUUGGGACUGGGAUCGUUCAUUGGGGCACUAUUAAUGUUGUCCAAUAUGACGCUGACGUGUUCAGUUCUAUUUGGAGAAUUUGAAAUUCGAGAAUCAAGAGACGAGGAAGAACGAAAUCGUAAUUAUAAUUACAACUAUGAAGAAAAGGAAUGGGAGCAAAGGGCGACGAUGGCUUUUUCUUAUUUAUGCAUGGUCCUCACAGUUAUAUACUUUGGGUUUGCCGCAUUGACGUUCUCUUUUGCCAGUGGUGUUAUGGAAGAAACUGACGAGGAUGAAAGAGAGGAAGUCAUGCUGUCCGCUCGAAAUAAUACUGCGAAUCAUCAUUUUGCAGGAUACAAUGGCUACAUAGGCGAGCGAUUAGAUUUUGGGAGACCAAGAAGCGACUUUACACCGCCAGGACGAACGCUGGCAUAG